AUGUUGGUUUGCAGGUCUGCCCCAGCUGGUGCCCCUGCCUCAGAAGGAGGUCCCCCUAACCUCACCAGCAACCGUCGCUUACAGCAGACACAGGCUCAGGUGGAUGAGGUGGUGGACAUUAUGCGUGUGAACGUAGACAAGGUUCUGGAGAGGGACCAGAAGCUGUCAGAGCUGGAUGAUCGGGCUGAUGCCCUGCAAGCUGGAGCCUCACAAUUUGAGACCAGUGCUGCCAAGCUCAAGAAUAAAUACUGGUGGAAGAAUGCCAAGAUGAUGAUUAUCCUGGGGGUGAUAUGCGUGAUUGUCCUCAUUAUAAUCAUUGUGUACUUCAGCACCUAAAGCACGAUGUUCCUACCCCACUCUGAGCUCAUGAACGACCAAUUCUAAGCCACAGAAAAAUCUCUCCCAAAAAAGAUGAGAAAAACGACUUCUCACAACAAUCAAUUGAUUUGCCCCUUCCUGAGCCCCUUUGCCCCCUGCCUCCACUGCCUCACAGCUGGACCCCUGUCACUCCUCGUUCGUCCUGUCCGUGAGUGUGUGGCCAUGUCUCCUCUGUAAAUACCUCCGGCUUUUCUGAAAUACUGUUCAUACUCCAAACUCCUGAUUACUUGUGACAACGACAACCGAUAAAAAAAGAAAUCACAGCCCUUAGAAUACGAUACGAUUAUACAGUAUAUAUUCCAAAUGUUCUUUGUAGAGUUUUAUUCUGAUAUAAUGGUUUUUGUAGUUUGUGUGUGAGUGUGCAUUUGUAUAUUUUUUUAAGUUUUGUAAAACUUAUUUUGCUUCAGGUUUAAACUACUGCCUCUCAAUCUGGGUGUUUGUAUCUUGCACGCUCUGUUUCACUCUUUCUUGCUCACUGAGUAUUGGUGCAUUUUUGCACAAGUGAUAGUCUCCCUUAACUGAGGUACUGAAUCAAUAUCCCCAGUUUGUUCUUUGUCACAUGCACUCUAUCUCAGACCUACACAUUUACCCCUCAACCCUCUUUCUUUCUUUCUUUCUUUCUCACCAAUAGUACUUACUCUCUUAGUGAACUGCCACAACAGACCAAUGACUGUAGAUGUUUAUCUUAAUUUAAUGUCUUUAGUGUCUUAUCUCUUAAACAUUCCUUAAUAGCGGUGUACAAUUAUGCUGUCUAUCAAACAAAGCAAGCGUAUUUAUCUGAAAGAAUUCCAAAAUAGGUCUUAAACAACCUCGAGUACUUGUAACGCAGUCAAACUAGGUUUUGACAGGGAUGCCGAAGUUAUUAAUCGCACAUGGGUCAAUUGCGCAGUACAUGGAAAGAUUUGAAAGUGUUAGUGCUAUCUCGAAUGGCAAAUCAGGACCAAAAUUCCCCGAUUCAUUCUGCUGGUAAAGAUUUUGAAGCCCAGAGAGAUUCAAGGCCAGAGACUGACCGGAAAUUGGGAAUAGUAUCAUGCACAAAAAGCUUGUUUUCGAUGGCGCCUUUUAACUGGUUAGACUGCAGGUGCGAAUGGGAGAGAACCGCACGCUGUGUUACUCCCUCGCAGCAGAAAUACUGCCAAACUGAUUCCUCCAUCUGAAAGCACACAGGUUGAUCUUAAUACUUCAACAGCUGCGGUUCUCUCUCUUAAAUCUAGAUACUGCCUUUAAUUUAGUCUUUCUUUUGAUUUUAGGUAUAGAUUAUAUUAUAUUUUUGUGUGUGAAGCAGGCAGGAAAGGGACCACAUAGUUCAGGACUUGGCGCUGCUGCCAUGUGCACAGCGGGCACCUUUGUGUCCCUCACUAUUAUCCACUUCUCUGUGCGCCUGUUUGUUAAAUUCAGCUGUAGUUUACACACUGCCAAGCACCUGAGGGGACAUUUUUUUUCUUUUUAUCUUUUGUUUUUUUUUCCACCGUGCCCUUCCUGGUUUGCUCUCGUGCAUAUAUACGUCUCCAUCAGCAUCACCCUUCAGUCUCAUCCGCCCAAUCUGCCAACAAGAAGUGAGCCAGGCGUGAAGUGUGCGUCUGCACGUGAACACCACCCCCCUCCCCCCUUCCCCCUUCCCCUUUCCCCUUCACAUUUCCAAGUUAGCGCCAUUAGCAUUUCUUCUUUCACACAUGAUUUGGUUUCUAGCCGCCCGCCGUAGUGUGUGUGCAGAAUAUUUCAGCUUCAUCCUGACAGAUUAGGCUGCUUAGACCUCUGCAGGUAAAGAAAGGCUGUUCCCGUGGCAACCUGCUUGCAUAAACAGGGGGGAAAGCAUAGAUUAGCUGAUUGAUUGUGACAGGAGGCGGGGAUGUUAAGGGGCGGAGCUAGAGAUAUUAUUCCACUGGUGUGUUUUUACAUUCCAUAUUAAUCAUCCGUAUGGAAAAGAAUUAUGUUUGGAGCAGAAUGAACUGUAAUCUUUUGCAUUUAUGGUUUCUGACAAGCAAACUAAUUUUCAUUUCAUUCAUUUUUUCUUCUUUAAAAGGAGAUAGCCGUAGUUCAUUUUUUUUCUAUCGCGGCAUGCUCAUUCACUCAUUUGUCCCACUCACGUUGAGCUAUUUUAAUGAU